AAUAUGUCAUUGAACAAUAUCAUCUCUGCUAAAAAAAGUAAAAACAACCUGAACAUUAACGUAAGCUCCUCUUUUUUUCAUUGUAUGUGUAUCUCGCAGCCUUUUCUUCUUCGACUCUCAAUCUCAAACACUAUACUCCCGGAGCCGCCUCGCUAAACCGUACUCUGCACAAGGUUCUUGGCGGCCGAUUGAAAGGCAUCCUCUUCUCUCUUGUGUAAUUUCAUAAACUGCAGCAUCAAGAUUUGUGGAGCACCACUUGAAUUUGGAAAGCUCUAUGUAUUAGGCACUAAUUUUGUACAGCGUGAACUACUGUGCUACAUUUCAAAUGAUACCCAAGACACCUACGAUAUUUUGGCAGGGUGCAGUGUAGAGAACGGGUAGAGGAAGAGGAAGAGGAGCAGGCAUGUCAACCCUAAAAGAGAUCCUAACAAGGCGGCCCUUGGCGGCAACUAUCCGGCUGACAGUGCCAGCUGGAGGGGCCCGACCCGCACCACCUGUGGGCCCCGCACUGGGUCAGUAUCGACUGAACCUGAUGGCCUUCUGCAAGGACUUCAAUGCCCGCACUCAAAAGUACAAGCCUGACACCCCUAUGGCAGUCACCAUCACGGCCUUCAAGGACAACACCUUCGAGUUUAUUGUCAAGUCCCCCUCCGUAACCUGGUACCUCAAGAAAGCAGCUGGAAUCGAGUCUGGCAGCUCCCGCCCCAGCCACGUGGUCGCCUCCUCCAUUACCCUCAAGCAUGUCUACGAAAUCGCCAAGAUCAAGCAGUCUGAUCCUUAUUGCCAGUACAUGUCCUCGGAGUCUAUUUCCAAGUCCAUCAUUGGGACUGCAAAUUCUAUGGGGAUCAAGGUUGUCAAGGAUUUGGAUUGACUAUGUUAGACAUUUAUUUUUGACCUUCUAGGGUUUUUCCCUUUCAAUUUUUCUUUAAAAGAUUUGCUUCAGUUGUCAUGUUUUA